AUGGCAGACGAAGACGAAGAGCUCGCGCAUCUGCGCGCGCCGGAUGCCACAGAUAACGAUGCUAUGGAGGAGGACCAGGACUUUUGCUCCUUCGACAAACUCGUAGCACAUCACGAUGUAGCUUCGCUGACGCUCCCGAAACGCGGCGAGAAGGACUUUGAGAGCCACUCGACGAACCAACAGCUCGACAAGUUGGAAGCUUCGCGGCAGGCUAUGCAUGGUGUCUUGUCGUGGCAGAGGUCGCAUACACAAAAGAACCACGUCCUAGCAAUGUACGAGCCGGAGAGUAACAUGGCGGUCGUGGAUAAAGUCAAAUCACAGCACUUUCAGACGAUUGGGCAAUCGAGGGCCGGGAAGGAGUGGCUGUUACCAGAAGAAGCACUCUUUCUGAUCGAGCGAGGAACGCUGGACUGUCGAUGGCCCGUCAAGCGCGAGGACGGCGACGAGACAAUCUACAAGAUCGAGGACGGCGCACCCAUGAGCCUGCAAGCCGCGUACGCAGCCUUCAUCGGCUUCGAAGGCGGCGUCGGCGGCAAACUCACUCUCGAAAUGUACAACGUCUACGCCGGCCUCAAGCGCUCCGGCUACGUCGUCUUCCGCACCGGAACCUGGAACGAGCAUCGCGGCGACAUAGUCCCCGCGCCUGCAGCAUCGCCAGACCAAGACACAAAAACCCAGCCUACCAUCUUCACCCGCUUCUUCACAGACCAAUACGCCCUCGGCCCCCUCAUAAAACCCGGGCUCUACCGCUCCUACGCAGACAUCUACCGCCUGCUUCACCUCAUCCCUUCUCACGACCGCUCCCUCCCCCCCUCCUUCACCCUCCCGCCCUCCUCCUCAAACCCCUUCCGCCUCCACUUCGACGUCUACCGCACGACGUCCAAAUUCCGCAAAUCCGCGCGGCCCCCACCCGACUUCCGCAUCUGCGUCGUCGACGCGCGCUCCACCACGCUGCCCACCGGCGCCCAGAUUGCCGAUCUCCUCGCGCAGGUGCCCGAGCACAAACCCGCGCCCGGCGAGCAGCUGUACAAGAAGCUCAAGCAGGGGAGCAGGAAUGUUGUGUUGGCGGUUGUGGAUGCGGGGAUCCCGAGCUAUAUAAGACUCGCGGAUGUGGAGUUUAGUGCGGAGCGCGUGUUUGAGAGGGAGUGCGAGGGGUGCGAGGGGGAAAGGGCGGUAGGGGGUAGGGGUGGUGGUAGGGGGAGGAGGGAGAGGGAGGGGGAGGGGAAGAGGAUGAAGUGCUUGAGAGAAUGA